CAAACUGAACUGUUACAGCGCUAUCGCUAGUCGUACAUUCUACGUCGUACGAGGCGGACGCACAAUGUGGAAGACCACGACCGUGAUCUUUGUUCUUGCCAUUGGCAUAGCUGUUUUACUCCGAUCCAGUCCUAUAGAGGUACCAAAAUUGCCCGAGACGUUCUGGGGACCUGAACGAAAUAAAGGAGCCUCGGAGGAAGUACGACCUUUCGUUAUUAAAGUGCCAAAGUCGGUAAUUGAUGACCUAAAUGAACGGCUCAAAAACAGAAGAGAAUUGGUGGAACCAUUGCAAGAUGCUGCGUGGACUUACGGCGUCAGCACGACGUACUUGAAAGAUGUUCUUGAAUAUUGGAGAACGAAGUAUAAUUGGACUCAUCGGGAAGCGUUGCUCAAUAAGUACCCUCAAUACAUGACCAAUAUACAAGGUCUGGACAUACAUUUUUAUCACGUGAAACCUCACAUUCCACCGGAACGUAAAAACUUAAAGGUUUUGCCAUUGUUGAUCGUACACGGCUGGCCAGGAUCCGUGGUGGAAUUCCAGAAAAUUAUUCCCAUGUUAACGACACCGCGGCCCGACAAAGACUUCGUGUUUGAGGUGAUCGCACCUUCGAUUCCGGGAUAUGGAUUCUCACAAGCGGCCGUACGACAAGGAUUGUGCACGCCGCAGAUCGCUGUUAUAUUCAAAAACCUUAUGUUGCGGCUCGGUUUUAACAAAUUUUACACGCAGGGCGGAGACUGGGGUGCCGCUAUUGUCGCGCAUUUAUCUAGUCUCUUCCCGGAGAACACUCUUGGCACCCAUUCGAACUUUUGUUUGGUUAUGAGCACGUCCAGUACGCUGUGGACCAUUAUCGGUGCGCUUGUCCCAUCGCUCGUUGUCGAGAGCGAGCAUGCCGGUAAAAUGUAUCCUUUGGGACAUCACACGAGUCGACUGCUUGAGGAAACUGGAUACAUGCAUAUACAAGCUAGUAAACCAGACACCAUAGGUACUACCGUGGGAGCCUCGCCAGUCGCAUUAGCAACAUAUAUCUUGGAAAAGUUUAGUACAUGGACGAAUCCAGAGUACAGAUUUCGUGCCGAUGGCGGUCUCCUCGAAAAAUUCACUUUAGAUGAGCUUUUAGAUAACCUCAUGCUUUACUGGGUUACCAACUCUGUGACUACAAGUGUACGACUUUAUUCCGAGCAAUUUAAGAAGGAACAUAUGGCGAGCAGGAUCGACGAAUUGCCUGUUAAUGUGCCAGCAGGGUGUGCGGUAUUUCCUCACGAACUAACGUAUCAACCGGAAAGCCUCAUUCGUGAAAAAUUUACUAAUCUGAUACAUUUUAAUCAUUUACCGCGCGGAGGUCAUUUCGCUGCAUUUGAAGAACCAGCUCUUUUAACAGAUGAUAUCUUCAAGUUUGUGUCCAUGGUUGAAGAUAUCAAGAAGAAAAAUAACGCCAAAAAUAAAUCAAACGCAGAGAAGAAAAUAAAGGAGCCUACGAAAAUUUGAAAGAAUAUUUAGUUGCGCUCUAUUUUUUUUAACCAAAACAACAAUAAGAUGCGAAGCAACAGACUCUGGGGGCCUGAUCGUUUGUAAAAACGAUGUUGCUACAUUUUUUCCAGUUUUGUAUAAUAUGAAAGUUCUUUGAAUAAAACGCCUAUUUUUCUAAUA